UAUACAACAGUUCGUAGAAUUAAAACCACGUGAUAGGGGGUAUAUAAACAUUAACCACAUAUUUACAUCUUUAAAUGACUGAUAGAUAACUAUUGGCGAUCACUGGGAUUUAAAUACUAAAAGGUUUUCACGUACCCAAAAGCUUUUAACUCAUAAAACAGAUCUAUUAUAACAGACAACAUGGUUGUUGUAGCAGACCAGAAGGUGCCUCAAAGUGUAUACGCUAUGGAAAACGAUAUUUAUUCAAGUCACCAUGAGGAGUUUAAUAAUAUGCCAAAUAUCUUAGGUUUAGAGGAAUUCUCACAACUAGAACCAGUAGCACCAACCGUUUGUGAUACAAACAAUGACCAACGAGUGUACGAAUCUGACAGUCCUAAAAGUUUACUGGAUUUAGAUAGUAUUAGUGGGCAUCAAUCAUUCUAUGGAGAUGAACCUGCGCUAAAUAUUAAAAUUGAAAAAGACUUGGAGCAUGUGUCGUAUAGCUGUUCAAUGCAUAAUAUUAACUCUUCGUAUCAAAUGUAUGACCCGUCUCAAAUACUCGUGAAAGAAGAACCAGAACCAGUCGAAGACAUAGGUACCAGUGUAAUCCGGCAUCUCAAAGAAGAAAUUAACAACACCUGUUGUAUCUUACGCAUUUCAACAGAUCCUAUGAUGUGGUCGAUGGAAGAUGUUCGGAAAUGGUUUGUGUGGCAUGCGCAGCAGUUCGGUGUACACAGUGAGAUAUACGAACAGUUCGCCAUGAACGGAGAACACCUCUGUCUGCUUACUGAGGAAAACUUUAAAGAAAGAUGUCCGGAGGCAGGAUCCAAUUUCUUUGGUCAGCUAGAUGUUUGGAAAACUGUUCCAGCCUGUAGUUUACAGACCGAGGACUGUCCUCCAUCUCCGCCACAACAUCAACUCCAAUGUUAUUCCUACCGAGAUUACUACGACAAUAGCUAUGACCUGAUGAGUUACAUGCCUAACAGUACAUCACCAGCACCAAGUGAAGAUAGUAUUGAUAGUACUACUAGUUCCUCUAACGUGUCCUACAUCCCACCAUCUUGUCACGACGAGGAAUAUAUGUCCUACAGUCAGUCUCCGCCAUUAAGUUCUCCAGUUGAAGUACAGCACCACAAACAAACUAUUCAUCUUUGGCAGUUUUUGAAAGAUCUCCUGCUUCGACCUGACCGAUAUAACUCGUGUAUCAAAUGGGUAGAUAGACAAAGAGGCAUCUUCAAAAUUGAGGAUUCAUCUAAGGUAGCUAAACUCUGGGGACUGCGAAAGAAUAGACCCGCCAUGAACUACGACAAACUUAGCCGAUCCAUUCGUCAAUACUACAAAAAAGGAAUCAUUAAGAAAACAGAACAUUCAAAACGUCUGGUUUACCAGUUCUGUCAGCCAUACUUAUGAACGUUGUUAUGGAAACAGCUGUUUGGCUAGCACCCCACUGCCAAUAUUUUUAGCAUUGCUCUGUAUUGCAAUGUUUGGUUUGUCAUGACUGUCUGGUCACGUGACUUGACUAGCUUGUGUUGGAACUGAUGGCAUUUCAUUGAGUCUUGUAUAAAAUACAAGCACGGGCUGGUCCUUUGUAACCAUGGUAACAUGUAGUCAAUGUAUUCAUCAAAACGAUAGUUGAACUAUCAAACCGUUUGUGAUCAUGUGACCGUUUAUGGUAAAUCGUAUAGUCAAGUAAUGUCUCGAAUGGAUAUGUAUUUAUUUAUUUUGUUUGCAUGUUAAUUUAAAUAUUCCCAUGUUUCGACAUGUUGUUAUUAAAUGGCAGAUUUGUUUAUUUGUUGCAUAAUGGACUCCUUGGUAUUAGUUACCAAUGUGUGUAUGAGGAUACGUGUUAUACAUAUUAAUGUUAUUUAUACAAAUUGUUAUUUAUAAAUAUUUUUGAUACAUUUUAUUAAAAUAAAAUGAAAAUACCUGU